UGACCCACAACUGUCCCAGCUUUGUUUUGGUUUGGCAGCGGGUCACCUGUCAGUCUCAGACCGCCGGCAUCGCCCAUUCAUAAGUGUUGGAGCGAAGCCGCCUCCAAACACAACGUGCGACACAUGAUAUCAGAGGCUGCUGGCCGCCCAUGUGUCGGUCAGCGGUGAGCUUUUGGGUGCUUCAGGGCCCUGAUGUGGCUGCUGAAAUAUUGAUGGACCUUGGCGUGGGAGCUGACUAAUUGCUGUUUAAUAUUUCAUUUAUCCACCUUUCUGCCAUAGAUGAGCAGCCUCAGGUUGUUUAUCAUCACUGUAUUUAAAUCUUGCUGGUCAGGUUCUGUUUACACCGAACUGUCGGGGUACGCGUCGGAUCCCUAACACUGGAGUUAAAAAGUCCUGGAUCAGAGAGUUUGGCCGUGGGUUUUUGCGCCACCCUUUCUAGAGCGUGGUAGUCGAUGCGCGCUGUUUGAAUUGAGGAAGCUUUGGGCUGUAUGAGGGGUAGUGUCAGUUUCCUGUGUGACUGACUGAGCAAAGGAGGAAGCGAUCUGACGGAAGGGGAGCACUUCCUUUAAACACCCCCCACUAUUCCCCGUCUGUUCGGUGUCACGCAGAAUAAAAAGAGACCCUCGUGGGCCGCGUAGGAGCCGGCAAACCCGCGGUACCUGUGUUCAGACACAGAUUGGACCUAUCUGAACCUGUGCCCGCCGUCUACUCAGCCAGCUUCCUGGUGACUCAACUAAAAUCUGCUCUCCUCUGUGUGCUCCUCUCAUGCUAUCCGAGCAUGGAUGGCUCACAGGACGGGGUUCAGAUCGGAGAGAACAAGUUCAUCAGCAAGGCAACAGUCCUCUCACAUCUUAAAACAUACAACCUUUAUUAUGAGGGACAGAAUCUCCAGCUGCGGCACAGAGAGGAGGAAGAGGAGCUGAUCAUUGAAGGCUUGCUAAAUAUCUUUUGGGGCCUGCGGCGACCAAUCAGACUUCAGAUGCAGGAUGACCACGAGCGAAUUCGACCACCGCCGUCAUCCACAUCCUGGCACUCAGGCUGCAACCUGGACAGUCAAGGGUCUUCCACUGACACAGACGGGCAACAGACCUUAGAACAGAGCCCCCCCACCUUGGAAGUGACUCCACCUGACAGUAAAUAUGACGACAACGUGGAGACGGAUGAAGAGGACAGUGAGACCUCCGCUCAGCUUCUCCGGACAAAAAGCGAUGCGGGGGUCUUAAGACGGGGCCAGCGGCGGUCUCCAAGCGACCAGAGAAAGAUCCGACGCCAUCGAUUCUCCAUCAAUGGACACUUUUACAACCACAAGACAGCGGUGUUUACGCCGGCCUUUGGCUCAGUUACUAAUGUCAGGAUCAACAGCUGUAUGACCACGCCGCAGGUGCUUCGAGUUCUCCUCAACAAGUUUAAAAUUGAAAACAGCCCAGAGGAUUUUGCGCUCUACCUUGUGCAUACAAGUGGAGAGCGUGUGAAGCUGAAGCGGACAGACUUUCCUCUGGUGCUGAGAGUCAUGCAGGGUCCGUGUGAGCAGGUCUGCAAGGUUUUCCUCAUGGAAGAAGACUUGGGUGAAGAAGUCACAUAUGAUGUGGCGCAAUAUAUCAAGUUUGAGAUGCCUGUCCUCCAGAGUUUCAUCACUAAGUUGAAGGAAGAAGAGGACAGAGAGGUGCAGAAACUCAGAAGAAGGUAUAAUUACCUGCGGUGUAUAAUUGAGAAGCAGCUUCGUGGUCUUCCAGAAGGAGCAAAGUGUAUUUAACCUGAUCAUGGUGAGGAUUCCCUCCAACAUAAACUG